AUGGAGCAGACCUUCAUCAUGAUCAAGCCUGAUGGUGUCCAACGUGGCCUGUUUGGUGAGAUUAUUGAAAGAUUCGAGAAAAAAGGUUUCUCUUUGAAAGGUUUGAAGCUCCUUACUGUGGAUCGCACUUUUGCUGAAAUGCACUAUGCAGACUUGUCUGCAAAGCCUUUCUUCAAUGGGCUUGUCAAAUACAUUGUUUCUGGCCCCGUUGUUGCAAUGGUGUGGGCGGGUAAGGGUGUAGUUACUACCGGUAGGAAGAUAAUUGGUGCAACAAACCCAUUGGAGUCUGCUGCUGGCACCAUCCGUGGUGAUUAUGCUAUUGAUAUUGGGAGCAAGCUAAAAAACUUGAAUAAAGCUGAUGGCAGGAGUCGAACUCAUGCCAGGGGAAGGAAAACUUGA